AUGGCAGGCUUGUUAGAUCUAUUGAAUGCUGAUGAAAUACUCAAUAGGCAACAGCAACAACGAGAAAAACAAACUCGUGGGCAAGAAGACUCGCAAGCACAUCAUCAACAAGAUCUUCAUACUGUCAGCCACAAUCACUGUUUCGGAUCGGCUCAAUAUCACGAUCAGAAAUCUCCUAGAGCUUUUAUUACACCGCCACCCACAUACUCGUGGAAAGGCAAUUCAACUGCUAAUUUUACAGAUCCAUUAUCGAGUAUCAAGUCGGAAAAUCAACUUGCCUCUUCAAUGUCUUCUAUAAAUUCAUCACCUAUCGAACUUGAAAGGAAUAUGUCUAUGGUUAUUAAACAAGAGCUGACAAGGGAUGUCAAUACGGCUUUUUCUUCAGUAUCACCACAACAACCAUGUUCACCUUCAAAGUUGUCAGUUACCGAAACAGGAUUGUUGAGCUCUUUUACCCCCAAGAGUGUCGCUGCCAACAAGUCGGCAUUACCCUCCGAUUCACACAAACCACUUUUUCAAUUACGUGACAAGAUCCCCAAAUCCAAAAUCAAUAAGCGUAUUCUUGCCAAUAAACGAUUUGUCAAGUUUGCCAUACGACGUAAGUACUCCACCAAGAAAAAGAUUAGUGACACUCGUCAACUGAAGUUGCAUAUCAAGUCAUUAAAAGCAGGUAUCAAGAUCAAGUUGACAAAAUGUGAUGACUUGUUUAGUUUAUAUCACUGUUUAAUACCAUUCACUGAUGAACGAAAGAUUUACAGUUUGUUUAAGGAUGACACAGCUAUUAGAGAGUAUAACGAGACAGUUGCUGAGUACGCCAAUACAAGUGAUAUCAAACUGCAAAGUAACAACAACAUGAACAAGUGUCUUGUCUCAAAAGGCCUACAACUAAUUGAUAAUAAUGUGGUUGACUUAACUGAGUAUUCCAACAAAAUUAUUAAAUCAUUUACUAGUGAACUGAACCAAUCUACACCAACGUUUAAUUCACUAGAUACUGCAGUAAAUACACUUUUCAACUCCAAAGAGUUUACCUUGGUUCGUAUAACAAGAUCAACAACCGAUGAUAUUCAUGGAUCAUCGAUUUUGAAAUUGGAAACUGCAACGCCUGGUGAUUACACAUUGAUUGAUGAUGAAGAAAACUCGGAUGAAAUGUUACAUUCACUUGGAAAUCAAGGUGAAGUUCCCAACAAUUUGUUUUUCAAAAAGAUUAUUGCUAGACCACGGUACAAGAGUAAUAUGAAGAUUUAUUUCAUCCCUUGUGAUCGAGUUAAUUAUUCAUUGUACACGGAUUGUCGUUCAUUUGAACGUGAUUUGUUUAAUGGUAUUUUGCAAGUUGCAUUUGAAGAUUUGGAGCAAUGUCUUUGUCAUGGCAUAAAGGGGUUGGACAAGGUUGAUGCUGAUGAUGUGAGUGGAGUUAAGCGAGUUUUUGGGUUUGCGAGAAAUGUGUAUUGUACGUUUCCUGUGGAGGAUGCUUUGAAGAGGUUUAAGCUCAGUUUAAUUGAGAGUUUGAAAAGUGGAAUGGAGGAAGAAAUGGGCGAAGAUGAUGUAGUUGAAGAAGCCAACGACUUGGUCAGAGAUAUUCCUACUUUUCACGGUAUCACAACACCACAAACUCAAACAUUGCCACCACCUCAAGUUGAGUCACCAUUAGGCAUAAAUCCUAUUCAGAAUCAAACCACCCCACAACAACUGCAACAACUGCAACAGCAGCGGCAACAGCAGCGGCAACAACAACACGCAUUCAACAGUUUGCAAUCACCGCAGUAUCCAGUUCCAUCUUCAAUUCCACAACCACCAUUUGCAUCCCGAUCGUUUUCAUUUGAUGGUCAUUUUGGUGGCAAAACUCUUCAACCACAUCAUUCAUGGCCCCAAGCAGAUUCCAAAAAACAAUCACCUGUAGCAUUUGUCAAUAAUAGUGUGUCUCCUCGUCAACAGGGACUAAGCUACCCUCCACCACCCGCAAUUGCACCAACAACAAAGUUUUCAUCUAUUGACGUUCCACGUCGCUUACUGUUACCACAACAACCAUUGAGACUGCUCGCUGCACCCGUCCACAAUGAGUAUGUACAAUUGCCCCCAUUGGUUACAUUACCACAAACACCAAGAACUUCAAUAAUCAAGGAAGAUCAUCUUACAUUCUCGCCAGUGGCCUUGCAGCAAAGUCCACCAACACAAUCGUAUUAUAGCUCACGUAUAUUGCCUCCAUUAAACACUAUGUCUACAAUGCCAAUGCCAAGAGGUCAAUAUUUCCAUUUCCAGCCAAGACUGUGA